AGGAGGGACAAAGGCGGAUCAAGGACAGCAGGAGGGUUCACGCGGUCGAGCCGUCCCUGAAUUCGCAGCCCCCACGUGUGGGAUCAUCGCCCCCCAUCCCGCAGAAUUUCCCAUUCCCAGCCCCUGGGAGGCUGCGAGCAAGAGGAAGACCCUCUCCUUGUCCUUCCUCUCCCAGAGCAGGAGCUGAGGAUGGAGAGCAGGGAGGACAAAUCCCCAUGGCAGAACCUCGUGGAAGAGGCCGUUUUGAGCGGCUCCAUGGCACAGGAACCCAACGGGGAGGAAAAGCCCCGGAGAUGCCACACGAGGAGGGGCUGCAAACGCAGAUCACAGGGAUCUGAGGAGGAAAGACCCACCCUGGGCCGGGGAGGUGGCCAGAGAUCAAACCAGAGCUCGGAGCUGGUGGUCCAUGAGCAGCUCCAGGAUGGGGAGAAGCCCCACAAGUGCUUGGAGUGUGGGAAGAGCUUCAGGUACAGCUCCCAGCUGAUCGUGCACCAGAGGACCCACACUGGGGAGAGGCCCUACGAGUGUUCUGAGUGUGGGAAGGGGUUUAAGACCAGCUCCGAUCUCCUCCUGCACUACCGGAGUCACACAGAGGAGAGGCCCUUCUGCUGCCCCGACUGUGGGAAGGGAUUCAAGCAGAAGUCAAACCUCAUCAGUCACCAGAGGACCCACACUGGGGAGAGGCCCUACGAGUGUGAGAAGUGUGGAAAGAGAUUCACCCUGAGCUCCAGCCUGAUCCAGCACCAGGUGCGCCACACUGGGGAGAGGCCCUACGAGUGUUCCAAGUGUGGGAAGAGGUUUCAGACCAGCUCCGAUCUCCUCAAGCACUAUCGGAUUCACACGGAGGAGAGGCCCUUCUGCUGCCCCGACUGUGGGAAGGGAUUCAGGCAGAAGUCCCACCUCAUCACCCACCAGCGCAUCCACACUGGGGAGAGGCCCUACGAGUGUCCCCAGUGUGGGAAGAGCUUCUCACAGUGCUCUACCUUGACCCAACACCAACGGAGGCACCGGUAAGGGAAGCCCUGUGAGUGCCCCGAGUGCGGGAAGAGCUUCGUGUGCUGCUCCAGCUCCAUCCCCCACUGCAGGACCCAUGCUGGGCACAGCCCUGGUGACCCACAUUCCCUGUGAUCCUUGUUGGGGACAAUAUUCUGGAGGAUAGAUGUGGGUUCUGGAGGUAUUUUGGGCAGUGUACUCCAUCUCUUUGCCCUCCAAAAGCCAAGAGGGUCACCUCAAAACAACUCAAUCCCACUGAAAACAACUCAAUUUUAAUUCAUAUGGGCUCAAUCCCACCUCAAAAUGGCUUGUUCCCAACUAAGAAAAACUCAAUCCCACGCCAAACUCACUUGAUUCCACAGCCGCCAGGUUGAGAUGGGGUUGAAAGGAGAUUUGGAGAAGUGGGAUCCCAGUUUGGAGCGGUGGGAUGGGGAUUGUGUGGAGCUGGGUGGCUGGGAUGUAUUUGAUAGUGAAUAAAACUUUCAGACUUACUGAUUUCUGUCCCGUUCAUUUUCAGUCCGUUGCAGUUCUGUUUGCAGAGUGCCACCUUCUCAGCUGAUUGUGUUUGUGUCCUCCUUUCUCUCCUGCCUCUCUUUGCCUGCUCUCUUUCUCUCUGUGUCUCCCUUGAGCCAGGGCAGCUGCCACCAAAGACCCUGCCCUGAUUUAAUUCCCAGUGCAGGAGCUGCAACAACCAUGGGUGAAGUUAGGAAGGCUGGCAGUGAAAUGUCACUGUAGGAUCUUGCUGCACUUGGCUUUUGGCCCCUUCUUAAGAGCUUUGCCUUCAAGGGCAGGAACA